AUGGUGGCCUUGCUUCGCAACAUGCUUACUUCCCUCCAAACUUCCCGGCCAUCUGCGACUCCUCCUGCUGCUUCCAGUUCUGCUGCUUCCCCUAGUGCCGCGUCCCCUGCUACCUCUUUCCCUCCUGCUGUUUCCCUCGUGCAAGUCAAAGCUGAAACUCAAAAGAGGGUGAGAAGCAGGCCAACAGCCAUGGCUGAAAUGGUGGCGCUGCUGCAGCAGCAGUGGACGAACCAGCAAGCAUGCAGUGGCGUCAACGCUGAUAGCAGAGGCACGAUGAGCAAGAGCAAGAGCCAGGACCAAGUAGAAUGUUCAGUGAGCAGGAACGGGGAAGAGGAGUUUAGAGACAGGCGCUACAACAACAGCCUGCAUAACGCACCCUUCCUGUCGGGCCACAACUCAGUGGGUCAGGUGACAGCCUACCACGUGACAGAGGUUCUUCGAACCUUAUCGGAUGCUGAUGCGGGGCUGGCGUUGUUCCGGUGGGCCAAAGACGUGCAGGGAGUGAAGCCGGACACAUAUGUGUACUCGAGCCUCUUUGGGCUGCUGGGCCGGGCGAGGGAAGCGGCGAAUCUGAAGGGUCUAUUGGAGGAGAUGGGGGAGGACGGGUGCGAGCACAAUGCCUUCAUUCUGAAGGCUCUCGCUGCUGCUUAUGCCCGUGCAGGGAGGUUUGAACAGGCCCUCGCCACUCUGGCUGAGAUGAAACAUCGGGGGUUUCAAGACGACGUUGUCACAAUUGGGAUGCUGCCUGAUGUGCGCUGUGCCAACAGCCUCAUGCACAUGUAUGGUGCAGCUGGCAGGAUUGACGAUGCCAUGGCGGUUUUUGACCGCAUGUGCCUCGCUGCUGUUGCUGCUGGUGCAGCUCCCGACCUGAUCUCUUACACUUUGGCAGUGAGCCUCCUCAGCGAGGCAGGGCGGCUGUCUGAAGCAGAGGCCACGUUUGAGGCGAUGCUGGUGGCGGGGAUGCAGCCGGACGCUGUUGCAUGGGCCACCAUGGUGCUCGUGUGGGCCAGAGAGAGCAACUCUGAACGCGCUGCCAUGUGGUUCGAGCGCAUGGUGGUCGUGGGAUGCUGGCCCAAUGCGUCAGCUUACAACGCGCUGCUGCUUGCGUUUGUGAGCGCGGGGAUGUUUGACGAAGCAGAGGAGGUGCUUUCUGCAUUCAAGUAUGGGUGGGACCUGGUGGGGCAGGUGAGGGUGCUAGGAAAAGACCAUUCUGGUUCAGACGAAUGCACGCUCGCCCAACCCACACUCCCAGCAUUACCCUGGGUCAGUGGUGACAGUAACAGCCUCUGGUCAGGUCAAACACUAAACCGGACGGGAGGCAAGGCGCCCAAUUGGCUGGCUAGUGAACCUCCCAACCUGAUGACGUACGUGAUGUUGCUCAAUGUGUGCAUGGUUUCUACAGCUGGCAACGCUGUGGGUAGGUUGAUGCGGCUGUUGGAAGCCACAGAGCAUCCCGCCCACACCGUGCUCCAGCUGCUCAUGGAAAGCCUUGAGCCAUCUCGUGCAUUGUCCCACCUGUUUGUGGAGGAGUGCGGGAGUGAGGGAGGGAGUGAGUAUAGUAGCUGGGGAUCGGCCAAAGGGGAUGAUGUUGCGAAGGUGAUGGCGGCAGGUUUAUUAGAGGUGGAGUUGAGGGAAGUGGAGAUCAAUGAGCCGCCUGAUGCAUUGUUCCACCUGUUUGUGAAGGAGGCCCGGAGUGAGGGAGGGAGUGAAGGAGGAAGUAAGGGAGGGUGUGAGGAGAGUAGCUGUGGGAAGGACAAGAGGGAUGGUAUUGUGAGGGUAAUAGGAGGUUUAUUGGAGGUGGAGGUGAGGCAAGUGGUGAGGGAGUGGGAGGAGGAGAGGUGGCACGAGAUAGAGGGGAGGAUGAGAGGGAAUGCUAAUGCCAAGACUGAUGCCAGUUGCCAGUGGGCGUUUGCAGAGGCAUCCAUUGCCUUUUUGCAUAAAUUUGGCCGGCAUGAGCAAGCAGUCCGCAUGUGGGACCUCUGCCAAACGUGA